AUGAAAUCUUCGUGGAAAAGUGCAAGAGAUCACUGGAAAAGAUGGAGAAAUAAGGUCGGAACGGGAUCUCUCGCAUUACAAAGAUGGCUAUUUGAAGAGCCGUUAAAGGGAACAGUUUCCAAUACAGACGAAUACGGAAACAUCAGAGAAGCACUAGAUGAACCCCGCACAUCUGGAAUAUCGGCAUCCAACGCACCAGCCAGGGUAAUGCGGUCCAGCAGCAGCGACUAUGAGUCAACAAUGAACGACUCUGAUUCCUGCGGCUCGAAUACUUCAUAUACCGAGUCUUCGGGGCUUGUGAGAAGAGCCACCGCUCGCGUUGAAGCUGCAUGGAAUGUGCUUAGCUUAUGCCCUCCGCGAGUACGGGGAGGAGCCAGGGAGCCAGCUAAGAAGAAAAUGGACGCAAUCAACGCAAUCAUAUUGGACAAAGAACCGGCGCACGUCGAUGCUCCGGCAUCGAAUGAUCCCACACUUCAGCCAGAAGUUGACGCUCCGGCAUUGAAUGAUCCUACUUUUCAACCACAAGAAGAAGAGAAUUAA